AUGGCCCUAAAACUCCCGCAAAACAGAACAAAGAACCAAAUAAAAAAGUAUGAUAGCCAGGAUUUAUCACAGCAAGACAACACGGCGGAAAAAAGGAAAUCCAAAUUGCGGAAGAGAAAAAGUUGGUCCCAACAAUUUUAUGAACUUGACUUUUACCCAGAGAUUAAUAACAAUAUAAUAUUGAAGAAACCCGAAAUGGGGAGCUACUACGGUCCUAACUGUGUUAUACCAAACUACAGUCUCCCUUACACAUAUCAAUGGGAUGUGAUUACGCCUCAGAUUAAUCAGCUGUAUACAGUUCCUGUACCGACGGUACCGCUCGCCUUGAUAUCACCUCCAUUACCCAUAAUACCUACCCCUGUUCUGCCGUACACAGAUGUGCUAUACACACCUACGUACUCAACGGUCGUGCCAUACGUAGCUGAUAACAUUUGUACGGCUUUGGAUCAUAUUUACGAACCAAUCUCGAGUUUUGCGGCGUUAACACCGGUAACAUCAACAGAUGAAGAUAAUGAAACGGUAGAUGAGCACGACGCUAUAGAAUCUUUAGAAUACUAUCUAACAUUGCCGAAAGAUUUAUUCCCAAGAGCGAAAAUGCUCACUUUAGAUCCGAAUCCGAUAAUUGAUGAACUGUGCAAAAUUAAAGAUAUAGAUAAGCAUUCGGCCUGGAUUUUGGACCUCGAGUUUGGCGUACCAAGGACUCCUAUCUCCAGACCUUUAGCGGUGUAUGAUGUGCAGUUUAAUAAUAUUCAUUGUAAAAAUACUCCAGGCGCUGUUCAUCCUUUAUUUGAAAGUUGUAGUGAAGAGUUUAGGAAAAUAUUUCUGUUUUAUUAUGACUGUAUUGUGUCUGUGUGGUAUAGAGGUUAUAUUCAUCUUACGAAUGAUGAUUCUGUGAUAAACUUCCAGAAUUGGUUGAUAGUGCCGAUGCAAGCACUCGGCAUGUGCUGGCCUUAGCAUGAAGCAUGUUUUAAUUAGGUAAGGAAUUAUUAUUGUACAUACAUUUUAUUAUAAUGAACUAAAUGAAUGAUUGCUUGAAUUAAAUAUAAAUGUGUGCAUUUUAA